AUGCAUAAAUCCUCCCCUCUCCAACACACACCACUCCACUCCACUCCACUCCCCUACCACUCUCCACUCUCCACUCUAGUGCAGUCUAGUUAUUUACCAAUGGCAAUGGGCGUGGAGCGUGCAACAAGAAGGAUGCAGGGCAGGAACUCCAUGUCGGCCUUGCUGGUGUCGUUACUGCUGCUGGCGGCGGCGGCCGUUGUUUCCAGCCGAGCCACAUACACGGGCAGCAGCAGCACCGCCGGUGCAACUGUGACGGCGACGGCGGCGCCGAAGAAGCGUGCUGGGAAGAAGCAGCAGGUGCCGGCGCUGGUGGUGUUCGGCGACUCGAUCGUGGAUCCGGGCAACAACAACGCCAUCAGCACCAUCGUCAAGGCCAACUUCGCGCCCUACGGCCACGACUUCGGCGCCGACCACCGCCCCACCGGCCGCUUCUGCAACGGCAGGAUCCCCACCGACUUCAUCGCCUCCAGGCUCGGCCUCAAGCAGCUCCUCCCGGCCUACCUGGCCCCGAACCUGUCGCGGCACGACCUGCUCACCGGCGUCAGCUUCGCGUCGGGCGGCACGGGGUACGACCCGCUCACGGCGCAGCUCGCCUCCGUCAUCUCCAUGACGGACCAGCUCCGCAUGUUCGACGAGUACAAGGCCAAGGUCCGCGCCGCGGGCGGCGACGCCGCGCUCUCGGAGAUCCUCGCCAGGGGCGUGUUCGCGGUGUGCGCCGGCAGCGACGACGUGGCCAACACCUACUUCACCAUGCGCGCGCGGAGCUCCUACUCGCACGCCUCCUACGCGUCGCUCAUCGUCGCCCACGCCACCGCCUUCCUCGACGGCCUGCUGGCCGCGGGCGCCCGCCGCGUCGCCGUCAUCUCCAUGCCGCCCAUCGGCUGCGUGCCCUCCCAGCGCACGCUCUCGGGCGGCAUGGGCCGCGGGUGCUCCCCCGGCCACAACGAGAUCGCGGAGCUGGUGAACGCCGGGAUGGGCACCGCCGUCGAGUCCCUCAAGGCGAAGCACCCGGGGGCGAGGGUGAUGCUGAUGGACAUCUACGGGUACCUGCUGGACAUGAUGGUGCGGCCGGACGCGUACGGGUUCAGGGAGUCCACGCUGGGCUGCUGCGGCACGGGCAUGAUGGAGGUGGCCGUGCUCUGCAACGGCGUCACGUCGGCGGUGUGCGGGGACGUGGAGGAGUACCUGUUCUGGGACAGCUACCACCCCACCGAGAAGGCCUACAGGAUCCUCGUCGACUUCGUCUACGACAACUACCUCAAGGACCUCAUCGCCUAG